AUGUCAUCAAUGUCAACUCAUAAUGAAGAUGGUUUAGAUAAUUUAUUUCAUCUUGGUCAAUAUGUUAUUUGUCGUGUUAUUGAAAGUCAAUUAAUAAAUGAUAAUGAAAAAAUCAAUCAACAAAAACGUUUGCGUCUUUCAAUUAAUCCUAAAGAUGUUUGUGAUCAAAUUACACCCGAUAAACUUGUUAAAGGAAUGAUUUUACCUGGUGUUGUAUCGAGUAUUGCUGAUCAUGGAUUUAUUAUUAAUAUUGGAUUUUCACAAAGAAAAGGUUUUUUACCAAAAAAUAAAUAUUUAAAUAUCGAUCAAUUAAAAUUUGGUUUUCAUGGAUUAUUUCAAAUAAAAGAAUCAUCAACAACUAAUUCUCGUAUUAUUCUUUGA